AUGGCUUCAAUAUGUCUCUCUUCACACCUGACAACCAAAACGCCCCAACAGCUUCUCUUUCAUAAGCCAUUUGUCCACGCUUCCUGGGGCGGACAUUUCUCCGACAAAUAUAAUUAUCGCAAUUUACUUUGUCUUUCCUUCUCUCUCUCUCUCUCUCUCUCUCAGUAUAUCUAUCUAUCUAUCUAUCUAUCUAUAUCUAUCUAUCUAUCUAUCUAUCUAUCUAUGCGUGCCUCGAUAAUUAUGCACGUCUAUCUAUCUAUCUAUCUAUCUAUCUAUCUAUCUAUCUAUCUAUCUAUCUAUCUAUCUAUCAAACAGGAUUUUGAAUGUAAUGCAACCUUCCAGCUCUCAGAUUUCAGUCUAUCUAUCUAUCAGGUAUAUAUUCUCUCUUUUUCUUUCUCUUUUGUUAAUACUUCUGUUUUCUUUCUUUCUUUCUUUCUUUCUUUCUUUCUUUCUUUCUUUCUUUCUUUCUUUCUACUUUACCAUUUGUCACCGAUACUCGCGACUAAUUUUCAUCUUUGCCUGAUUUCUUACUCUCCACAGCGACACCAGCCGCCGAUCCGGCACUUUGACGCGAAACCUAACACUGACUGA